AUGGCGAUCAGACACCUUGACAGUCAGCCGAAGAUCGAGGACUUUACCCCACUAGAAGAGCAUGAGCAACAAACACCAAGCACAUUCUUCGGCGCAAAGCCUGUUGUAUAUGCGCGAUAUGCAGGAUUGACACUCUCCGCCCCCUCUUCGCAGCUCCAGCAAGAUGCAGCGUUCUUCAGGUUCAACACCGAGACCGAGGGCGACGAUGCGCUGAUCAAGGAUGUCGAGAUUUGGGUAAACUCAGAGAACCUCACGCUCUUCCAGACUACCCCAACAUCGACCGGCGUUGCGAUACCCUACCCCUCAAUCGCCCUCCAUGCGACCAUGAAGUACAAAUCCACCGUCGAUGCGCUGUACAUGAACCUCUCCCUCAACGACCCCGAGACCGUCAACGAGGAGGAAGACAUCCAGACUCUCGAACUCACCAUUUUGCCACCAAGCUAUGCAAGCAAUCCCGACACGGCAUGCAUCAAGGAGAUCUUCAACGCCAUGAACACGUGCGCGGAUCUACACCCAGAUGGCGACGCAAGUGACGAGGAUGGUGAAGACAUCCUGGACGACACUGCGCCUGGUGCAAGUGGCUGGAUCACCGCGGAGAAUAUGGACGAGUACAUGGACGAGAAUGGCAACUUCACCGGUAUGGUGAUCGGAAACGAUGAGCUUGGUCCAGGAGCAGGCACGGUCAGGACAAGGGAUGAUGCUGAUGGUGGUGCGAAUGGCGUCAAUGGCGACGGACAUGAGGAGAAGUAUCACCGCACCAGCUGA